AUGGCAGUUAAGGUCUGCCCCGGGUGCAAGUCUAAGAACUUGCAGACGGACUACUCGGCUGGAAAUGUAGUGUGUCAGGACUGUGGUAUCGAAGUCGAGCAGGGUAUCCUCGUCUCUGAGAUCGGAUUUAGCGAGGGCGCCGGCGGUAGAGUCCAUGUACAGGGAACGUUCGUCUCGCACAACAGCACCGGUAUUAACAGCAACCGUGGAGUGUCGUCCGAGAACAUCAAGGAGGAAGGGCGCAAGCGCAUUCAGCUGAUCUGCAACCAGAUGGGCAUUGCGCCGUCUGUGCAACGUGGUGCGCAACGCUUCUACUCGCUCGCCGUCGACAACAAGUUCAACCGCGGCCGACGGACAGACUUUGUUGUCGCGUCGUGCAUCUACCUGUACAGCAGGUUUGAGAAAGAUGCGUUGAUGCUGAUCGACUUCUCGGAGCGUCUACAGAUCAAUGUCUACGAGCUCGGCGCGACGUAUCUGAAACUGCGAAGUUGUCUGAACCUGGACCAGAUCCUCCCCGAGAUCGACCCUGCCGUGUACAAUAUCCGUUUCGCAAACCGUCUCGACUUUGGAGCCGCGUCCGCGACUGUUGCGCGCGAUGCGUCCAGGCUUAUCAAGCGCUUCAAGGCGGACUGGAUGACGGCCGGUCGUCGGCCAGCGGGUAUCUGUGGCGCAUGUCUUGUGAUUGCCGCACGCAUGAGCGACUUCCUCCGCACACCAGAGGAGGUUGCGCAGGUCGUGAAAGUGUCCCCCUUGACGAUCAAGAAGCGUUUGGUCGAAUUCGCGGGCACGGCGGCGGCGAACAAGACGGUCGAGGAGUGGCGCGCGCUCACGGAUGCGGACCUCGAGGCGGAGAACGCCGACGAGCUUCCCCCGAUCAUGAAGAAGCAGCUGGCCAAGAUGGCCGCGCAGAGGGUGAAGCGGGAGCGGAGCGAGACUGCCGACGAUGACUCGCGCGCGUCUACCCCGUCCUCGCCGCGCAAACGCUCCAAGCUGUCGCAAGCGUCGGACGACACGACGAAUGCGAUCCAGGCCGUCGCCAAGGGCGUCGACAUCGAGAGCACUGGCGCCGACGAGGCCGACGAGGGCAUGGAGCCCCUCGCCAAGGAGGACUACGUUAAGGACAUCCAGGACGCGGGCGACAACACGGAGGAGGCUAUCGCGGACCGCAAACGCGAGCGCAGGAUGCUCAUGGCGUCGCUGAAGGAGGCGGAUGGCGAGGAGGCCGACGAGGAGGAGCUGCAGGAGAUGGCAGCAGACAACGACGCACCCGGCCAGGACUCGAAGGAGGAUGAGGCCGGCGAGGGGUCCGUCCUUGCUGAAGUCGCACCGGCGUUCAACCCGCUUAAGGAUCUGCCCGCGCCGCCCGACUUCAAGGACAAGGAGGCGCUCUACGCCUACUGCGAAAAGUAUAUCUUCACGUCCGAGGACCUGCUGUACGCCGGCAACUCUGCGGCGCUGCGGCAGAAGAUCGACGCAUGGGUGAAGGGGCGCGACCCGACCGAGGUCGUGAACGAGAUGCGGCGCGUGGUGUGGGCGCGCAACGAGCGCGAGUGGUUCGCAAAGCAUCACAGGGAGGACGAGUUUGACGACCUCGACGACGACGAGCUGGACAAGUACUGGGUGAUGAGCGAGGAUGAGCGACAGACGCGCGCGCGCAUGUGGCUCUCGCACAACGGCAAGUGGCUCGAGGAGGACAAGGAGCGCCAGGAGCGCAAGGCAGAGUACAACCGGCAGCACGGGAUUGAUCCGAACAAGCCCCCUCCGAAAAAGAAGAAGCGCAAGUCAAAUGCCGAGAAGCAGAAAGGGCCCUAUGUCUCGACACAUGCUGCGAUGGAGGCGUUUGCGACGCAGAAGAAAUUCUCGACCCGUAUCAACCAGGAAGUCCUCAAGCGUAUCUCACAGGGAGAGGGGCUGCAGCGCAUGGACGACGACGAGUACGACGACGAGGACGGAAAGGACGACGAGAAGGACGACGAAAAGUACGACGAGAAGGAGGACGAGUUAUACGGAUACAUCGGAUAG